AUGUUAUUGGUAGCAUCAAAUCCAUCACAGUUCACCUUAUUUGUCAAUGCUGCUCCUUUCGAUAAAUUAGAAUUGUCAUCGUCAUCGUCAUCGUCACUGCAUAAGCGCCAAACUACAUGGCAUGAGAUUUAUGCACAAACAAUGCAAUCACAGCGACUUGAUUGGUUUAAUCCAUGUGGCGGUCAAUACCUUAAUCAGCGUCAAGUUAAGAAGGGACGCCGUCCGCCACUUAAGAAAGCUUUACGGAAGUUACGCAAUGUUACUGGACGUGAAUUUAAGACCUUAAACAUUACAACACCAGCAAUUGAUAUGAGCGAUAUACGCAUUUGGGAUUUACAUCAGAAAAACUAUGGUUUCUUGCCUAAACUGAAGCUUAAUUCAAGUAUUGCCUUACGUCGUUGGCAUCGCUAUAUGCAAAUCUAUGUGGCCUCAUUCGCUUAUUUGCGGCGUGCCCAGUUACACUGGGACUAUCAUAAAACAUUGCAACAAAGUGAAGUUGCGAAAGAACUAAACGCAUUAAAGAAUAGUGCUCGAAAUAUCUUAUGUCACCUUGAAAUUGCCAUUAAUAAUACGACCACAUUUAAUAGAAUCCAGAGUAACUUAGCAAUUUUAACUUUUAAACGUACAACUAUGGAGAAAAAAUUGAAAUUUCAAACUCCCCUAAAGCAUAUAUCGCCGGCUCUGUGGAAGAGCAAUGUCGCACAACAACAACAACAACAUUAUCGCAAUGAACGUACUUAUGAAGUGAAUCCAUUGGAUUUGAAGUUCACAAAAUCGCAUUAUUUCAAUUUCUUACGUAAAAUGAUUAAAAUUCUUCGCAUAAACACUAAGCGAAAGGAUAAAAGAGUUUGGCAAACCAGACAAAUUUUAAAUUGA